UAUCACAGCUUGAACAUAAUAUACAAAAAUCAAAAUCAGAAAAAGAUGUGAAAACUAAGUCAUGGCAGGAAAAUAAAUCUUGUACAUGUUUCAAUAUGUCUAAAGAUGAACUUAAAGCCUUUGAUGCAGAACAAAAAGAUUAUGAGAGAAAAAUAGAGAAAACAAUGAAAUCUCAACAUAAUCCAUUAAGACAUGAGAAAAGAUCAAAUGAUUUAGAAAUAGCAGUGAGUAAACUACGAGCAGAACGAGAUGAAUACUUAUAUGAAAUCAACUGUUUAAAAAAACAACAUAAUGUAGAAAUUUCAGGUUUAAAAAGGAAAAUAGAAGAAAUGAGAAAAGAAGAAUAUGAAAGAUUAGACAGACAAAACAUUUUAAAGCUCAGAAGAGAAAAAGACGAAUUUGCUGAAGAAAUAAUUGGUUUGAAAAAAGAAAUUGAAUUCUUAAAUUCUCAAUUAAGGAAAACUAGAGAAGCUGUAAAGAAUAAUGAAUACAAUGAACUGGAAUAUAUUAAACAAUUGGAAGAUGAAAAACACCAGUUAAUUGAAAAACAACGUUCACUUACUUGGGAAAGUGGCAAUAAACAACGAGAAUCAGAGAAAUGUCACAGAGAAAUAACUUAUUUAAAAACAGAGUUAAAAAGACUUACCGCCAUGAUAGAUGAUCAAAAAUGUUGUCAAGAACGACUUGAACGGACUCUGCAAUCUACACAGUUUGCUCAGAAUGCUUCUGAAGAACAAUUGGAACGGGCACAUGUUCGAAUUGAAGAMUUAAAACUCAUUAAUAAUAAACUUAAUGAUCAAUUAAUUGAUGAACAACAAAAACGACAUAAAUCUCACAAUAACACAAUGGCUAUUGAUCAUCAAUGUGAUACUUUAACGAAUGAAUUGGAAAAAAAAACCAAGCGUAUUAUCCAUCUAGAGUCAUUAGUCACAGAUAAAGAAAAUCAAAUUCAAUCAUUACAUACAAAACUAACAGAUGCUGCUAAAAAAAUUGCUAAUGCUUUAAGUUCGCAAUCAGAAACUGAAAAGAUGUGCGAUAAUUUAAAACUUGAACUUUCUAAUAUUCAAACAGAGUAUAAAUUAAUAGAAAGUAACUCUGGUAGCCAGCAAAAAGAAAAGAAGAGACUUCAAAAUGAUUUAGAUAUGGUAGUUCAAGAUAAUAAAGUCUUGCGUUCUGAAUUAGAAGCAUCUCGAAAGCAAGCUGAAGAUUUAAAAAUGCAAUUACAAGUAUAUGUAUUAGAAAUAAGACGAGUAGAAGAGAUACUUGAAGUGAAAGAAUCUGAAAGGGAUGAAAUAUUAGAACAAUUUAAAACAUUAAAUUGUGAAGCCACUCAGUUAGAAAGUAAUAACUAUAGUUUAGAAAGUGAAGCCAAGUCUACUAAAACACUUCUUAGAGAAAAGGAACAUAUAAUGUCUGAUUUGGAACGUAAACUCGUUGACAAAGAAGAUGUUAUAUCCAGUUAUGAAUCACAAAUAUCUAACCUGACUCAUCAAAUAGUAUCAUUAGAAUCCCAAUUAUCUUCUGGAAAUGAUCGAAUUUCUAAAUUGGAACAAGACUUACAUGCUUGCAGAGAAAUAUGUUCAAGUGUAGAUUCAGCUAAGUUUAAUUUAAAUGAACGUUUAAGCCAUGUGGAAAAUCUGCAACAUAAAGCUGAGGAAAAAUGUUUGAGACUAUCUGAUGAACUAAGUUUGGUGAAUUCACAGCUAGAAAGAGAACGGUCAAAAAUAACCACAAUAGAAGCUGUAUUGAGUGAUUCUAGGCAAGAAUGUAUGAAACUAACCAUUACCAAAAAUGAUUUAAAAGAAAGGAUGGAAGAAAGUGAACAAAAAUCAAAACAUCUUGAGGAAUUACUGGAGAGAACAAAAAAUGAACUGGUCAUGUGUCGCUCUACAAUAACAAGUUUUGAAAAAGAAAUAAGCUCAUUAAAAAUACAGCUCAAUGAUGUAAAAUUUGAAAAAGCUAAGUUAGAACAAGCUAGAAGGGAGUAUCACAGCACAACAUUGUGAUGAUACUUAUAUGACAACAUUAAAUAAUUUUACUAUUUUGAUAUACAAUUUACUUUAGC